CAUAUCGCCCGAGUCGGCUAUGAUCACUAGAGUAACCCAUGAUUUUCAAUUAUACUAAUUGUAGGGUUUAACUUUAGUUUGUCAUUUAUGAUUAAUCAAAAAUUUGUAUUAUUAUUGAGAAAAAAUUAAAAAGUUAUAUAAUUCCAUCUUUUUAUUAAUUUAUAUAUUUAAAUUGAUUUUAAUAGCAUUAUUAGGAAUAGUAUAUUGUUUUGAUACAAAUCAUAGAGUAAUUGUUAAGACAAUCAAUCACGUUACAACCGUCCAUUUUUACUUGAUCGAGUUGAUCUCCACGGUCCUUUCUCUUUCUAUCUCUCCUCUCCGCUCCAGCACCAACGCCAUUGUUGGCGCUUUAAGCAUACUCCUCAACUGAUUGUGUACAUCAAUCAACCAUAAUCACUCGCCCCUGCAUUUUCUUCAUUUUUUUUGUGAAUGAUUCAACAAAUUUCAAUGUACCGGUUUGUUGUAAUUAUUCUUGUAUUUACUCAAAUAAGCGUCGACGUUUCAUCAUCGUCAUCGUCGAUCGGAUCUCGGUCACUUCUUCGAACAAUUAGUGAUGAUAAAGGAAUUAGUGAAUUGCAUGAUGUUGUUGUUGAAUUGAAUGAUACUAAUUUCAAGGAUGUUCUUCGAGAAGCACCUUCUCCUUUUGCUCUAGUCGAAUUCUUCGCUCAUUGGUGCCCUGCAUGCAGAAACUAUAAGCCUCAUUAUGAAAAAGUAGCGAGGAUUUUCAAUGGGCCCAAUGCAUCACAUCCAGGAAUCAUUUUGAUGGCUAGGGUAGAUUGUGCUUUAAAGAUAAAUUCCAAACUUUGUGAUAGAUUUUCAGUGGAUCGCUAUCCUAUGCUUUUUUGGAGUAAGCCUAGUAAUUUUGUAUCAAUUAAUAGUUGGGAUGGGAAUGAUGGUGAAAUAGUUUCAAUCAAAAAUGUGGGCACAGCCGAACGCUUGCUUGAUUGGAUUAAUAAGAAAAUGAACAGCUCAUAUGGAUUUGAGGACAAGAAAUAUGAACACGAGCAUCUUCAAUUAAAAGGUUUAGUUCCUGAGCAGAUUGCACAAGCCAUUUAUGAUGUUGAGGAAGCUACGGCUUCUGCUUUCGACAUAAUUUUGCGGCAUAAGAUGAUUAAAUUAGGGACCAGAGCUUCAUUCUUGAGAUUCCUUCAACUUGUAGUGGCUCAUCAUCCUUCAAGGAGAUGCCGUAAAGGAAGUGCUCAGAUACUUGUGAAUUUUGAUGACUUGUAUCUACCGAGGACUCUUGCCGAUAACAAAGAAAAAAGCCUCUCUGAUAAUGCGACAGAUAUUCUUAGGAGUUUCCAGAUUUGUGGAAAAGAUGUUCCUCGUGGAUAUUGGAUGUUCUGCCGAGGAAGUAGGCAUGAUACUAGAGGCUUUAGUUGUGGAUUAUGGGUCCUAUUGCAUUCGAUUUCUGUGAAGAUUGAAGAUGAAGAGAGCCAAAUGGCAUUCACAACCAUAUGUGAUUUCAUUCACCAUUUUUUCAUUUGCGAGGAAUGUAGAGAGCACUUUUUUAACAUGUGUUCGAGAGUCUCUAGUCCUUUCAACAGUACGCGGGACUUUGCCCUUUGGUUGUGGGAGGUGCACAAUAAGGUCAAUGAAAGGCUUAGUAAAGUAGAAGCUUCUCUUGGAACAGAAGAUCCCAGCUAUCCGAAGAUCAUCUGGCCUCCGAAACAGCUGUGUCCUUCAUGUCAUCGCUCUUUGAGCCAGAAAAGCGAAGCGAGCAGUGAGAAAAACUGGGACAAAGAUGAGGUUUUCAAGUUCUUGGCUAAUUACUAUGGAAAAACACUGAUGUCUCUAUACAAAGACAAAGGACUUCUAAGGGAUGAUAAGGUUCAGAUUCUACAUUCUGAAGAACAGACGGCAUCCACAAAUCCUAUCGUUGUGCCUAUUGGAGCAGCACUCGCUAUUGCAAUUGCAAGCUGCGCAUUUGGGGCACUGGCCUGCUAUUGGCGUUCUCAGCAAAAGAGUCGAAAGUAUAGACAUCUACACUCUUUAAAGAACAUAUGACUAUUAGGAGGACCAAGAAGAAGCUGGUAAGAUGGGGAAACCGAAGGAACCAAGAAAGUGCACAUUUUGUGAGGAUGCAUUGCUCGAAGGAACGAUACAGCUGGGUUGAGAAUGAUGUUCUACGGCUUCUGAACUCUACCGUACAUUAUUUCUUUACAACUUUGAUGUAAUAUUUGAUAGUUGAUGGCUUGAGGCAAUGUAUAGAGCAUUAGAAAUUAUGGUCGGCGUCGUUUAACUCACAAAAGUUGCCACAUAGUUACAUGGUGCAAUGUCUGUAGACUAUAAGGAACAAGAAGGGAUAGUGUUUGUCAAUUUGUGUUUUGUUGGCCAAUUUUCAAGUAAUGACCAGCCAUUUUUCUGAUAUUUUAUUUA